CCACACACUUUCCUGCUAAUUAGUAUGCCCCUCCCGAGCUAGCUAGCUAGCUCCACACACAACCUCUCCUAUCACGUACAUGUGUAUCAUACAGUUACAGUUUACAGAGCCUAGCCUAGCCAGAGAUGGAGUCUGCAGAUAGAGCAACUGUGGAGAGAAUAUUGGAGUCUACUUUAGAGAAAAUCGAUGCUGAGAGUCUUGACGAUGAUGAGGCCACUCUGUGCAGGUCGCUACUCUCAGCGCUGGACAAACACGUCGAACUGGCCGCCAAGAUAUGUGAAGUGUUUGCAACACUAGGAAGAAAAGCUGAGUUUCGAAGUGUUGCUGAGACGUGCACAGUGUUCCCAUCGAUCGUCCCUCUACUAUCUUCCGAUCAAUCAGAUGUGAGACUGCAGGCCAUGAGAGCCGUGGGCAACCUUUGCAUUGACCAUGACUCCAACCGAGAGGCGGUUCUGGUCACUGGGGGAUGCCCCUUCCUGAUUGCUCAGCUGACAAGGUGUGCGGAUACCACUACAGCUGACAGUCAGUCCGUCAAAGUCAAGUGUGUGACAUGUGGAUGCAUCUUGAACCUCGCCAAUGACAAUGAGAAGCUGCAGAAUGAGUUAAACUCCCUGGAUGCUCUGGCCGGUCUCUCCUCUGUGCUGUCCGUACCCGACCAGGAGGAGAGUGUACUGGACAUGGCACUACAGGCUGUCUCCGUGCUACUCGAACAAGCUGAACUGAGUGGCCCCUCUCCUCUCCCCUCGGCCCUAGCGAUCCUCCUUCCCCGCUGCUCUCAGGGGGAGGUGGACCUCCUGGAGAAUGUGCUAGAAACACUCGAAGUACUCGUCAACAAGAAUGAUUCUCUGAAGAGGGGUGUGGUUGCUGCCGAGUGUGUGGACCACCUCCUGGUCCCAAUGGACGUAGAGGCAGAACAGAAGGCAAGCAACAUCAUCGUCACUCUACUAGCCGAAGACCAGUGCCUGGAGUCUCUAUUCAAGGCUGGAAAUGUGCUCUCCUCUGCCCUGGCUAGUCUGAAGGGCCACACCUCCACUCAAGAACAGAGGGCCAACGCGGCACUACUACUAGCCAACAUGGCACGAAGUGAGAACAACUGUCAGGUACUCGUGGAGAGGGGUGUGGUCCCUCGUCUGGUGGAACUGCUUAAGGAAGAAGAGAGCAAAGAGAUGAUGGGGAAGCUGCACCACUCGGCAUUGAGUGCUCUCAGAAACCUUUCAUUACCAGCUACCCACAAGGAAUUUUUCUUCUCGUGUGGAGUGGUAGAAGGAGUCCUGUCCUUGCUCACCACCUCCUCUCUGGCCCACGUCUGGUUCAAGGCUCUGGGAGUGCUCAGACUACUCGUAGAUGGACAAGCUGCCACCUGCUCGUACAUUGUGUCCCAGCCAGAGAGGGUGAAGAGAGUGUGUGAGGUGUGCUCCGCUGUUGGUCCUGCCCACAUACAGCUGGAGGGAAGUCGACUAUUGGCAGCCAUUGUCAAGAACUGUCACAACAGCGAUGUGAUGCGUUGUGUGGUGAGUGAAGGUGGUGUGCCGUGGGUGUGUGGACUGCUCGACUCUGAGCACACCGUGAUGACCAAUGAGGGACUCAUAGCUCUCAACCUACUGGCAACCCUCAACAAUGAUGCUCUUCACUCCGCCCUUUGUGUGACUGACGUUAACCUACCACUCCGGCUCAGCAAAGUGCUGAUGACAUCAGCACCAGAGAUUGUCAGCAAUGCACUACGUCUGAUGGAGAUUCUCACGGCAUGUGACCACGAUCAAUUGAAGGAGGAGAUGAGAGGGAACAAAGAACUGGCAUCUUCGCUCAGUGAACUCACAAAACACAGCAAUCAGGAUAUUAGCUCAAUAGCUGCAAAAUUAUUAUUAUGAACUAGUGUCUAAUGUUUCAUGUGUUAGACUGAAAUUCAUUGUUGACUUAGCUGUUCAUGUGUGUGAUCCCUAGCUGAUCUUGUGUCUAUUUAUAUUGAGUAACUUG